CUUCCCUCUCCCAAACCAAUAGAAUUCAGAAUACACUCAUUAGAGAUAACACAAAACGCAGCAAGAGAUACAAGGCAUACCUUCAUCGUGUCCUCUUCUUCUGCUCCAGAUUUCUGCAGAGCUCCUCCAACCAAGCUAGGCAGCACUCCCAGCAUGGCUUGCCCCAAUCUCACAAUGUGGGUGUCCUCAAAAACCGACCCUUCUGCACUCUCCUCUCGCUCCUUCAUUGCCCCUUUUCAUCUACCAAAUCCCAACUCGUCCACUCCUUCAAGAUCAUCAUCCACCUCCACUCAAAUUCAGUGCGGUCUCCGCGAACUUCGGGAUCGAAUUGAUUCUGUGAAGAACACCCAGAAGAUCACUGAGGCCAUGAAGCUUGUUGCUGCUGCUAAGGUGAGGAGAGCACAAGAAGCUGUGGUGAAUGCCAGGCCCUUCUCGGAAACUCUUGUGGAAGUUCUCUACAACAUCAACGAGCAGCUCCAGACGGAUGAUAUAGAUGUCCCUCUCACCAAGGUUAGGCCUGUCAAGAAAGUGGCUCUUGUGGUUGUCACCGGUGAUCGUGGCCUGUGUGGCUCAUUCAAUAACUCCAUCAUCAAGAAAGCAGAAGCCCGGAUUGCAGAACUCAAGACUCUUGGCCUUGAUUACACUGUGAUCAGCGUUGGCAAAAAGGGGAACAGUUACUUCAACCGCAGGCCUUACAUUCCUGUGGAUAGAUUUCUUGAAGGUAGUGCUCUCCCAACUGCUAAAGAAGCCCAGGCAAUUGCAGAUGAUGUGUUCUCCCUGUUUGUAAGUGAAGAGGUGGAUAAGGUUGAGCUGCUCUACACCAAGUUUGUAUCUUUGGUCAAGUCUGAUCCAAUAAUUCACACCUUGCUCCCACUGUCUCCCAAGGGAGAAAUUUGCGAUGUCAAUGGUGUCUGUGUUGAUGCAGCAGAGGAUGAGUUAUUUAGGCUAACAACAAAGGAAGGAAGGCUUACAGUGGAGAGAGAUGUCGUGAGGACAAAGACUUCUGACUUUUCUUCUAUACUGCAAUUCGAGCAGGAUCCAGUUCAGAUUCUUGAUGCUCUGUUACCACUCUACUUGAACAGUCAGAUCUUGAGAUCUUUGCAGGAAUCCCUGGCUAGUGAACUUGCUGCUAGGAUGAGUGCCAUGAGCAAUGCUACUGACAAUGCUGUGGAAUUGAAGAAGACCUUGUCUAGAGUCUACAACAGACAGCGGCAGGCGAAGAUCACCGGCGAAAUUUUGGAGAUUGUUGCUGGAGCCAAUGCAUUGGUCUAAGCAUGGGGGCUGGUUUCUCGUCUCCCUGUAAUGGUGCUGCUUCUGCGUAGAUCCUUUUGUGGGCAUUCUCUUUUGCAUAUUGAUCAUGCUUGUAAGAACAGUGAUUCGGCAUAGAUACCACUUGAAUUGUGAUUCUCAACUGCACACAAAUAUAGUGAGGGAUGAGGACCACCAUUUUAUCCUGUACGAUAAAACUUACCCAAACCCAACUUGAAUAUGUAUGUCAAAUUUUCUAUAUUGUUUCAUAGCAUGACAUGACCAUCCACUUCUUUGAUUUCA